AUGAUGUCUGCCAUAGAUACGGGUACCUCUGUGUACCAACCAGCACAACUACUGAACUGGAUCUAUAUGUCUCUGCAAGACUCCCACCAGACGAAUGACUUCGAUGCGUUCAGACCGGAAUCAGAGAGUUCUCCAACGGACCUGAACAACUACAAACAGCGGUCAGCUGCUGCUGUCGACCUGAGCUCUGCGCUCAACUCCAACUAUCUCAACAACUUCUUGCAACUCCAGAGGAAUGAGGUAAAGUUGUGA